CUAUUGUAAAUCAACAGCGAACUGCACACAUAGAUAUUCCCGAUGUGCAGUUGGAUGCUUUGUUUUCAGAGCGUAGGAUUUUUGCUAUCUUUGGUUUCUUCUUCAUUCCAGAGGGGUGUGGAUAUACACGUGGCUAUACCAACUACGACUGAAUGUCAUAGGUUGCGUACGAGGCGCAACUCUGUUGCCUAUAUGUACGAAGAAUUGAGGCAAAUCCCUAGCUGAGAAAGGGAGCCGGGAAAACUAAUUUCAUCUAUCAAUCGGCGUUGAUGGCGCUUAAUCCACAGCUGUUUCCUAACGGCAUGCCCGUUCCAUUUGAGAACGAGAUGUUCGUCUUGUCCAGGGAUGGAGUUGAAUUUGAGAUCGAUAAGAUCUCAGGAUCUAAUGGAGGUAAUGUUAAAGCAAAGGGGACAAUCUACUUGUCGAACAUACGGAUGGUGUUUGUUGCUAGUAAACCAGUUGGCAGUUUUGCUGCUUUUGAUAUGCCUCUGCUUUAUGUUCAUGGUGAAAAAUUCAAUCAGCCAAUAUUCUUUUGCAACAACAUCUCAGGUCUUCUUGAACCUGUUGUGCCAGACGAUCAGCACAGGGCUCUUUACUCGACUCACUCAUUCAAGAUCGUGUUCAAGGAGGGGGGUUGCGGAACUUUUGUCCCUCUAUUUUUAAAUCUGAUUGCUUCAGUGAAACAAUACAGUCAAUACUUUGCUCAUUCUGUAUCUGAGACAGCACCUCGUUUGGAUCCUUUACAAGCAGCUCAAACGCCAGUUGAGGAAAUGAUGAGACACGCGUAUGUUGAUCCAAAUGAUCCUACAAGAAUAUUUUUGCAACAACCCACAACAGAGUCUCAAUUGAGGCGGCGCACAUAUCAAUCCCAGCCGGUGGAUCAUUUCUAAUGAUUUGCUUUGUAGAAAAAUGUUUUUUUGUCAACAAGUUAAUUGACUAUUCUCUUUACUUUGCGUUUGGUGUUGUAAAAAAAAUCCUUAUAGCAAUUAAGAACUUUAUAGAAACUGACAAUACAAUAUACAUGUUCAAAAGCUUGUGCCUUCAAAUGUUGUCUUGAAAUAGCCAAGUUUCAAAUUAUUGGGCGUUAUGUA